AUGAAGGCGUUCAGUUGGAUUCCGUGGCUUCUGGCGGUAUGUAUUUGCCUGACAGAGGCGAGAUACAAGGUCCGAAGACCCCUGCCUCCUCCACCAGCUCCACCUCAGAUGUACAAAAAGUCAUGGCCCAUUGGGCACAGAGUGUCGAUGGGAAACACUGUGCAUAUUAAUAGUAAUAGUAAUUAUCCACCCAAGAGGCCUGUGUUUGGAAAACCCCAUAAUUUCAGGAGACCGAUGAGACCGGGUUACACCGCCCCUCCAUCCCCCUGGAAGAACCCGAUGCCCAUUCUAAGUGCAAUACCAAACAUACCGGUCCACCCUCAACGUCAGCCCGUCAAGGAGUUCCAGCUGAUGAGCAAAGUGCCUGAGUACAGUCCCGAGUACCGCCCUGAGCCCAUGGUGCUGCCGCCCACCCACCGCGGGGGCAUUGACGACGAUAAGGGUCCGAUUCACACGAUCCCAGCGCCGAAUCUAAGUCUCGCUGAUAAACCGUAUAAUCCGAAUGAGGGAGGCGAGCAUGAGCGCGAGGAUAACCGAAGAUUCCCCAAUGAUGGAGAGUACAAUGGUCAGGGGAGUAGACAAGAGGAUCAUCGGAGAUUUCCUCAUGAAGGAGAAUACAGUCCUAAUGUCCAAGUGACAAAUUACGGCUACGGAACCCUGAUGACAAGUGUCUCGCCGCAGAGACCAGUGACCUCUCCCACGCCGACGCAGAACGUCUACGAGGUGACAGAAACCAACGAAAUAAACUUCAAAGACUACCAGACGGUGGCUCCCACCUACUACACCCCCGACUUCGACCCCUCGAGGAUAUCGACAGGUGCGAGUGACGUCCAAUCGAACGAGCUGUACCUGAACCACCCUCAGAUCUCUCGAGCAAGUCUGGUCGGCACCAACAUUCAGUUUGGCCAGUCAAACGUUCCAAUGCAGACGAAUUUGCACAGUUCCCUUCACGUUGGCUUCCCAGGGACGGGCCAGGGUCAGCAGCAGAGUGGUCACGUCGUCUUCCCCGGGACGGCUCAGGGUCAGCAGCAAGACGUCCACGUGGCGCAACAGCCCGCGGACAUUCACGUCGGGCAACAGGCGCCCGAUUUGCAUGUGGGACAUCCAGCGGCUGCUGGGCCCCCUCUAUCGGCUACGCAAUUGUACGAUCUUUUGAACAGCUUCCCUCAACCGUUCGACGAACAGUACGGAGGGGGACAGCACCCGCAAUUGCAGCAACAUCUUCAACAACAGCUGGGGCAACUCUUUCAGGCCGGGGUGAACCCCACGACGUUCUCCCAACCCCAAAUGCACUCUUUCAAUUACGAUGAGCAGGCGAAUAAGCAGUUGAGAAAGCAACAGCAACAGCAGUUGCAGCAACAGGUACUUGUUGGGCAGGAUUACGCAUCGGGUAGAGUAACAGCGGGUUACAAUCUUCAACCGGAGCAGGCCCUGGACGUCCGUAGCAACCCGAACGUCAACCAAGAUUCCGUAGGUUACCAGCACCCCGAGCCCUCAGCUCAGGCCGAAAACAACAUCGAGUACGACACAGCUGUUGCAGCCACGAGCCAGAUCCAGAAUAACUACUUUAGCGCCAGUGGAAAUGACGACAGUGUAGGCACUCCUUUCUACACAACCCUGCCUAAUAGAGAGGCUGCUGAGAAGCUUGCGGCCCUCGCUGCGGCUGGGAACGUCAACAGUCAGCUGAUGGGACAUAUAAGGAAACAGCAGAAGAAGCAGGAGAGCGAGGAGGCCCAGGGAGACGAACCCUUGCCCAGUAAUCACAGGACUGACUAUCAAGUUAACGAGGAGCUGGAUGACCUACCCAGGGAGGAAAAUCAGAGGGGGAGGUAUAGAUUCGGGUCGCAGAAGUAUUCGCACAGACAGCGGAUUAGACAACAGCAGAUUAAACAGGAACAGGAAAAGGCAGACAAACAUUACGAACAACAACAACUGAAACCAGAAGAAGAAGACGAGGAGGAGAAAAAACCCCUGAGGAUUCUGGUCCCUGAAGUGCAGGAGAAGAGCCCCCAGGAGAGUACGAGCAUUGAAAAAUCAGUUGAGGAUUACGACUACGACAGCAUCGAGCCGGAGAGCCCGAAAAUCACGACUUCAAACGACGAGAGUUACGAGAACGCGAGCUCUGAAUUCGGCACACGAAUCAGUGGAAAAAAUGACAAGUAA